GUUAACUCUGUACUGUCUCAACAACUGUUCUUUACUGUUAGAUCGUUUAGAAUUUUUUUGUUUAAUUUCUACUUAAAAUACAAAACUGUAAAAGAUGGCAGAUUUGAAGAAAAAGGUGAUUCUAGCAUAUAGCGGUGGUCUAGACACCUCCUGCAUAUUGUUUUGGUUGAAGAAGAAAGGAUUUCAAGUUAUAGCUUACGUGGCGAAUAUUGGGCAAGAUGAAGAUUUCGACGCGGUUAGAGAAAAGGCACUUAAAAUUGGUGCUAUUAAGGUUGUGAUAGACGAUCUUAAAGAAGUAUUUGUUACUUCUUAUGUAUGGCCCGCCGUGGCUUGUGGCUUGCUCUACGAGGGAAGAUACCUUCUAGGCACUUCCGUAGCACGUCCAUGCAUCAGCCAGGGUUUGGUCAAACUCGCGAAAGCCGAAGGCGCCAAUAUAAUAGCGCACGGAGCAACUGGAAAAGGAAAUGAUCAAGUUCGCUUCGAGUUGAGCUGCUACAGUCUUUACCCUGAUAUUACGGUUUUAGCUCCAUGGAGGGAACGCGAAUUUUACGAGAAAUUUCAAGGAAGAUCAGACUUAUUGGAGUAUGCGCGACAAAAUGAUAUACCGAUCUCAGCAACACCGAAGGAACCGUGGAGCACUGAUGCUAAUCUUGUUCACAUUAGUUAUGAAUCAGGGGUGUUGGAAAAUCCUGCCACUCCGGCACCGAAAGAGCUUUAUAAAAUGACUGUUGAUCCGAUAAAUUCUUGUUUAGAUGCAGAGGAGAUUGAAAUUAGUUUUGCGAAAGGAUACCCGAUCAAUGUGAAAAGUCUGAAAGAUAACAAAAUAUACGAUACUCCUCUAGCGAUAAUCGAAUAUCUGAAUAAGAUUGGAGGUUCGCAUGGUAUUGGGAGAAUAGAUAUCGUGGAAAAUCGAUACAUCGGAUUAAAGUCUCGGGGAAUUUACGAGUCGCCGGGCGCCAAAAUCUUGCACGUCGCGCAUCAAGACUUAGAAGUGUUCAUCUUGGACCGUGAAAUUCUGAGAAUCAAAUCGUAUCUGACGAACAAGAUGUCGGAUUACGUUUAUAAUGGUUUCUGGUUUUCGCCCGAAUGCGAAUUUGUACGAGAAAGCAUCCAACAUUCCCAAAAAUACGUAAACGGUGUAGUGAGACUGCAAUUGUACAAAGGAAAUGUUAUGGCGAUCGGUAGAUCGAGUGAAGUUUCAUUGUACAACGAGAAUCUAGUGUCAAUGGACGUGCAAGGUGAUUUCGAGCCCGCGGAUGCUACUGGAUUUAUUCGCAUACAAGCUCUAAGAUUGCGAGAGUUUCAUCGUUUUAAUAGCAAUAAACAACACAAUGUCUAACAGCAGCAAGAAUUUAUUGCGAGUUUUGUUUGUUUCUCAAUAAAAGGUGCGAUAUUAAUUUUAA